UUGUGUGUUACUCGGAGCUGCACUGCAGCCUUGUUUUUUACCUUUGGAAAUAGAAAAAUCUCUACUGAAAGUAGAUUUAAAAUGUCUUUUCCAAGAGCUCCUUUGAAAAGGUUCAACGAGAACAUAGGAUGUGCCCCUGCACCCGGGUCAUAUGAGAUCAAACCCGGGGACCUUAAGGGAGUUGCUUCCUUCGACAGAGCUGAUCGGUUCAGACAUGUUAAGGGAGCGGCUCUUCCUCCACCAACACCAACGACCAGGAUUGACUUUAUGUCUCCUGUCCGUAGGACCAUGUCAGUUGAUGGUCUUAUGGAAGGUUCAGGUGUGAAGAAAGAGAAGAAUUGCAUGACCGUGGAAAGGAAGCAGCAGAAACUCCUGGAAAAAGAGAUUCGGUCCCUGGUUCAGCAGCGAGGGGAGCAGGACCGUCGCAUGCUGGCUCUGGAAGAAGACCUGAAGAAGGUGGAGGCCAAGCUGCUGGCUGCAGUCAGGGAAAAGACGGGCCUUUCUUCCAACGUUACCACCCUUGACAGACAGCUGCUUGAGCUCAAGAAAAUCAAUGAGUUCCUUAAAAACAAGGUUUCUGCUGACACUACAAAGAAGAGAAUUAUAUUGCUCACAACAGAGUUGACGGAGGCCAGAAACAGUUUGGAUACUAAAAACAAGGAGUUAAAGGUUCUGCAGAUUAACACUGAAGGCCAAGUAAAGGCGCUGGAAACUGACCUGAAAGCUGCCAGGGCGACUGUCAAAUCUCUGAAGGACAGGAAUAAGGACUUGGAGGACCUGCAUCACGUGACCAAACGUCAGAACGAAGAGCUCGAGAAUGAGAACGCUAGAUUACACGGUGUGAUUCGGGAGCUAAGGGAGGAGAUCAGAGUUUUGGAGGGAUACCUGGAUCUGGCCAAUGACCAGAUCCAGGAUCUUCUCUUGAAGCUCAGAGAGAAGCCAUUGGAGAACUCUCAGUCUCAGAUGGAGAAAGUAAAGCAUCUGGAGGAUGACCUAGAGCAGCGCACCAUUGAGCUAGAAACCACCCAAAUUGUGCUCAGACAAAAAGAGGAGGAGGCAAAUAAAUUCAAGCAAGAUCUGCAGGCAUCAAAGGAAGCCUUGUUGGAAGUGGAGACGAGGUUAAAGAACCAAGAGCUGGAGCUGAAGUCUUCCCAAAGCUCAGUGAGUGACAUGGAGGAGCAGAUGCAUUCUGCCAACCAAGAAGUCCAGGAGUCUCACGCAACAGUUUUCCAGCAGGAGGCGGAGCUCGCCAGACUGAGAGGCGUGCUCAGGAGGACCGAGAAGGAGCUGGACGAGAGAGUGGCUCACCUGGAGCAGAGGUGUCUGUUCUCUGAGGGAGACAGAAGCAAGACUCAGGAGGAGGGAAUGAGGAGAGUCGAGGAAUUGAAAGCAGAGCUCAUCGUGCUAAAGGAAGCUAGAAAAGAGGAUCAAAACAGACAGACUGCACUCCAACGAGAACAUGCUGCACUUAUUGAGGAACUGACGAAAGAAAAGGACCUUGUGGACUCCCUGACUGUGCUAGUGGAGCAGGAGAGGGGGGAGUCUGAGGAGCGGCUGAGGCAGCUGAAGGACGAGAUGGAGGAGGUGCUGGGGGAGCUCACUCUCUUGGAGGAACAGGAGCUUAGGAGGCAGGAGAGCGGGCAGGAGGAGAUCCAGAGGCUGCAGGAAGGAAACGAUGAGCUGGAGAAACAGCUGAGUGACACCAGGGCACUGUUUGAGAGGUGA